UGCCCUCAGCGUAUAAAGGUACUAUUAGCAGCACAUAUACAGACAUAAUCAUAACUGUCUCCUUUCUUUCCCCUUUGCUCCUAUCCUUGUGCCUCCCCUGCACCCGCAGACUAUCCAAUGGCACCUUCACCAGCUUGCCAUGACGCUCUGGGAGAGGGAGCAGAAGCUGCAGGAGGCUGCUGGUGAGGAACAAAAGGCAAGUCCUGCAGCUGAGGGAGAGGAGGAAGAAGCUCAUGCAGUGGAGGAGGAGAAGGAAGAGGGAGCUCCUGGAGUACAACAAGCUCCUGCUGCGGAGGAGAGAGAAGAUGGAGCUCCUGGAGAAGAACAAGCUCCUGCAGCGGAGGAGGAAGAGCAGAGAGAAGAGGGAGCUCCUGGAGAACAAGCUCCUGCUGCGGAGGAGAGAGAGGACAGAGCUACUGGAGAAGAACAAGCUCUUGCUGCGGAGGAGGAGAAGGAGGAGGAGGAGAGAGAAGAGGGAGCUCCUGGACAACAUCAAUCUCCUACGGAGGAGGAGGAGAGAGAAGAGGGAGACCCUUGGGAACAACAGGCUCCUGCACCGGAGGAGGAGAAAGAAGAGGAAGCAGCUAAAGAACAAGCUCCUGAGGUGGAAGUGACCAUCGAAGAUCCUUCGGUGGUAGAAAGGCCGACCCUCCGAAAACGGGUCAAGAAGGCCAUAAUGAAGAGGCUCCGCAGGGUUUGGGUAAUGUAUCAAUUUACUGACAAUUACCCUUCUUCUAGAGAUACCUCAUGUUGUCCAAUGCAGCUCCACUUUACUUCCUGCUCUUCUGAGCAUUUUCAAUCAGAACAAUAGAAAGGAAGUCAUACACCCUGUCUGUUGAGCCCGCAGGCUGAUCACUUUGAGGGCGCACCCAAUAGACCAAUGUUUGGCUGCCUUUAGGGUGUAAGAGGUUGCUGACAGGGAUCUAAGUCUGCAGAUAAAGUGUUGAUUGUAUAGUAGGCCAAUAACAGGGGAGGCAGGUAACUCUUACAGGGCUGCUGGACAUCUGGCUUAGAUAUCCACCUUUGGAAAUGGGUUGCCACUGGCUAAUGGACUGGCACCAGCUGAUCAAAGAGUAUAAAAGAAUAAAUGGCACAGGCUCAGACUGAGAUUCAUAAGAGGCCCUGGCAUUCCAUGUGUAGAGAGACC